AUGCCUGGAGACCUGCUUUUUGAUGAGGGGAACUGGAAAAUCGGCACAUCGGAAAAGAUUUGGACUUGUCGGUGCGGCUCGUACUGGAUCGUCACCCACUGUGGGCUUCCCAUGGAAAUGAAGAAAUGCAAAUGUGGCGCCAUCGUCGGGGGAGCUAACCACAAACCUGAGGCAGGCUUCACGCAGAAGGAAAUCACCAAGGACAAAACGGAGAAAGGGUACGUCCUGGAGAGCCCUGGCUCGCGGAGAAACGAGCUGGAGAGGUGCCUGUCUCCUGCCUGCGUGGGUCUCGUGAGAGCUCUGCUCCAUUCGUCCCUCCUGCUGGGGAUCCAUGCGGACAAACAGGCAAUUCGAGACCUGAUGAAAGAGCAACCAGAGGACGUGGAAGAGUUCUUCUGGGGCCACCUUCGGAAAGAUGUGGCGUGCCUGGCAGAAGCGCUCGGCAGGAACACGGAGGACGCCGUGUUGACUGUCCAUCUGUUUCUACGGCACCUGAGCAACGACAGCCUAGCAGAUGAGAGCGCAGCCUUGAGCGUCCUGCGUGAGAAAAAGGACCGAGAAGAAUGGGAAACCUCCUUCAAAGCCCUGGCUCAGCCCUUCUUCCAGGAAUUGGAGCAGACCCUUAAUUCUGUCAAGGAGCAGAGGAUGAACGAAGGUCCCCAUGGCUCCAGCGUCCUCCUGAAAAUAGCUUACGGCCCAGACACCACCUUUCCAAGACCUGCCAAGGCAGGGUUGAUCAACCAGCCCUGCAUGUGGAGAUUUGAACAGAAGAUGACCAUCCAGACCCUGAUGCAUUUCCUGCAGCAGGAAGAUAGAGGAGGCGCUGGAAAUCCAUACCCCAUUCUACUGGAAGCUCCUCUCGAAGCUGGAGAACAUCUCCCACGUCCGACACCUGCCCGACAUUUUCCGUCUGCAGAACUCCCUGAUCCACUUCUUCCAAAACAGCCACAAAGGGGAAAAGUACACAGUCCGGCAAUUCCUGGACCAGCCUGAACUUUCAGAGGACCAGCGUUUGGCUUUCAGCAGAGCUAUAGAGACGAUCAAGAAAGUUUGGAGCAAUAUUAAGAUGAACCCGGCCAGCUCAGGCAUCACCGUCCUGCCAGACCUCUCGCCGAACGACAUCAACGUCAACACCGCCGUCCUUCACCUCCUCCCCACCCAACCGUCCAUCAGCCACCUGGUGACCACGUUCCUCAUCCAGCUGCAGAACAACUGCAUCGACACGG